CCCGCAUACUCACUAUCGUUAGAUGACUCUUUACUUGAGGACGGAGUGUGUGUUUGAGGCAAUCAAAAAAUGGCACGUCUAAAGCAGCCGCCAAGGGCGAGCGUAGCGGCUGAAAUUUUUCGACAGCCCAGCUCUUCCCAUGAUCCCGACUUCUUCCAUCUUGCGGCAGACAACCAAGCAGCCACCGAGCAGCUACUCACAGAAUCCCUCGCCACAGACGCACCAGCACCUCCUCCUCUUCCAUCCGCCGUAGUCCUUGGCGCAGAUCUCCUCAAUGCUGCGCGGAUAGAUCACCGACAUAGUAGUCCUGUGGUUGGCAUGGCGCGGAAGAAUCGCGCCGGCAAGCUCAAGCGGGCAAGCUUGAUUCCCGAGAGUGCCAGAACAAACCUCGCUGUACGAGGUGAUGUGUACGAGAUAGAGCUUAGCCCGGAAAAGGGGAACUACGCACUGCCUGAGAAGGUGAACAAAAAGCCGCUCAAGAUUGUAAAGAAGAAGCCACACGCAGUCGCGAAGCUCAGUGCUGCACAAGAUGUUCCGUCUAAGCUGCCAGUGCGCGAUGAGGACAGGCCACAAGUAGAUCAGGAAGGGUCGGCAGAGGAUCUGGCUUCUACCGGUUCAGCCAUGCGCUCUUCUCCGCCCCAAGUUGCCCCCAUUGGAAGCGACAGCAUUACCGUUGAUACUACCAGACAAAAGAUGCCUUCAAGUGAAGCAAAUUCACAUGCCAAUGCUCCUGGAGAUGUGAAAAUCGAGGAGAGCCUUGCCAAUGGGAAACCCAGAUGCACAGCAAUCUUCUACAAGUACGAUAAAAUUGCGGGCCCAGCUUAUAGGCAAUGUUUACGCCCUGGUACCGGCCAGACAGACGAUGGUUUCAUAUGCGGAAUUCACAUCAGUAAACCCCCUAUUGUUCGAUGUGAGGAGAUGGUGGUUUCCGACAAUGUUACUGCGCAGUGCUACAGGGCUGCUUUUAAGGUAACCGCCAACGGCCCACGAUGUCCGACUUGUAUCGAACAACAAGGUUACGAAAUAACGCCGCGUGAUAAGCGAAAGUCAGGAUCGAUCCAUCAAGAGGCUCAACCUGCAAAGAUUUCAAGGAGAAAUCAAGGUGCAGGUAGGCCUGCAUCUUCCGAAAAGUCUAAAGACCAAGCGCAGGAUUUGCAAGAGGAGAGUUUAAAUCCAACAUCAGCUAGGAAACGCGGGAGACCGCGAAAAGAUGGUAGCAGUGGUUCUACCGAGCUGAACCAAGAGCUCCCGAAAAGAACACGCAAGAGCAAAUCAUCACCAGCGAUCUCGCAGGAAGUUUCAGCGGUGCCUGAAGAUCUGCCUGGUGAUGGAGACCCAGAGUACGCUCCAGAGGAUGAAGAGACUAGACACAUGGACCAACUGCCUGAGAACAUUGCUACAGUCUUUAGUUUUCUUGACCUAGAAGCGCGUCAAGGUACAUGCCAGACUAAACGUGCUAGGAAGAUCUUACACAUGUGUGAAAAGUAUUGUGCAAACUUCCAGGAUGACACUCACUCAAUCGACACUGUCACGCACGAUGCCACGAAAAUACAAGAGACACUACAACAGACGCCUAAAGAUUACAGUACUGAAAUCGGAAAAAAACACCAACUUGCGUUCAAGAGUGAUGCAUACAGCUUUGUCUUUCGCUCUCUUACACUAUAUCUUCGAGAUUUGCACGACUGGCUAGUCAAAACACACGAGUCCGCAACAGAGUCUUUAGAAAGCUUGCAUGUAAUAACCCCGUUGAUGCAGGAGAUCGUAGCAUUCAAUGACGCAAUCAGCCAUUGGGACGUCACUGUACCUCAGCGUCAAAAGGGUGACAGAGUAGUCAAGGAUGUCCAAAUCCGACUAGUUGCGCCCCUGCGACGGGUCAGUCAAUCACUCAGUGUUCGUCUAAGCCAACUCCAGGAGGCAGAGGAACGUCGUGAGCAAUAUGGAGAAAUGAAACAGAGGAUAAAAGAACGCCGCGAUGCACAGAGUGAACAGUUCAGAGCCAUCGAGGCAAUGGAAGAGCGGAAGAAGCGCUGGCAAGACCUUCAUAUCGUGCGGAUGCAAUGCGAGCCCGAUGUAUACAGGCGACGCAAGCUGUUCCACACCAGAUUUGAAGAUUUGGUGGAGAGAGAUGCGAACGGUGUCGUUUUCGAACGAUUGCCUAUCUUCAAAUCACGUUCCACUCCACCACACAGCCAGGUUUCGGAACUUGCAGAUGAGGUGGACUGGACUGAGGAUGAAGAGACUGCCGUGCUUGAGGGCUUGCAGUACUGUGCGGGUCCACGCGUCUUUGAGAAAAUAUUCAAAACGUAUUGUGAUCCCAGGUCCUCGCAUCCACGCGGGGGCAGCCUGCGUAACCGUAGUGUUGCAGAGAUUAUUUCAAAGGCAAGGUGGAUUCGAUCGACGAUGUUGACACUACGUCAAGAAAAUGGUGAGCCGGUGGAGGAAUGGGCGACUGGGAUUCCGAUUUUACCGUAGUAGGUAGGGCUUCGGUCAGCUUCCGCGUUGUUGUGGUUAUCUUUGGAUGCCAUGAGAUUCUUCAAAAGUGCUUGUUGCAAGAGUCGCUUUCCUGUUAGCUGGCAACGCUUUGAUACCCCUGUAUAGUAUUGGGUUUAGCUGAACGUCAUGUUGUUUACAAAAAAUGUUGUUACGUUC